AUGGAGGUGCCCGCCGGUCCGCCGCCAGCUUAUACGCGCGAAGAUGCUACGUACGCUCAGGUCGCCUUGGGCUUGGACAAGACCAUUGAACUUGGUUCUGAAUUCAAGAACGCUCUAUCUGCAUUCCGAGAUUUCCUCACUAGUCAGGAGAACGAUAGGCUCAAUAGGGAUCAGCUGCGACUACUCAGAAGUCGGGCGGUACAUGUCCUAGAAGAGUGCGCCAAGUAUAAGAACGAAGGAGGCGAUCCUUCACUGGUGCUGUCUAUAAUAACCGAGAUAUUCACGGGAGUAUCGAAAGAACUGGAAAAGGGACCGCAAUGGGAGGAAGUUAUCGCAGAUCCUUCAGCAACCCGGGGUUUAGAAUCAGCGAUUGGGAAUGCAUUUGAUAGACUAGAGGAUCAAAUGCGCCAGAUGGCAAAGGGUGAGGGUAUGGAGUCUACGAUGUACAAACACGAGCUAGAAAAGGCACGAGAAAAUGACCGUAAGAAAAUAGAAGACUUGGAGGACACUAUACGAAAUCUCCAAGGCUCUAUACACCAGACCCCGAAUGAAGCUCUUCAGAAUUCGAUAAAAGAGAAGCUCAAGAUCAUUGGGGAUUCAUCUCCUCACGUACUGGAAAAGCAAAUCGAUGCCAGAAGAUCGUUGGCAGUCAUCGCCGAACUCACGGGGAAGUCUCUACCUGCGAGCACAAUGCUAGACCGGAAGUUCGUUACGAUCGGAAAUCAGGCAAUAAGCCAAGGCUCGAGCUACGACGUGUUCGUUGGAGAGUAUUUCACAGGGGAGAAGAUUGCGAUCAAGGUGCUGAGACACAGGGUCGAUGAGGAGACCGCAAAACGAACACAUCAGCGUUUCGCUAGAUUAACCGAGAACUGGUCUGCACUGAGGCACGACUGUAUACUUCCAUUCUAUGGAGUUGGGGUGAUGCAGUCACCGGUUUCACCUACAGAGUACCAACUGUACUUGGUCUCUCCAUAUUUACAAAACCAAGACGUCAAACGCUACAUUAAAAUGUACCCCAAGGUGGCUGCACACGCUCGAUUACAAAUGGCCCUAGACAUCGCUCGCGGACUUGAGUAUAUGCACGAGGGAGACGAUUUGCUCGAGGGCAAAGGGAUGGUGCAUAGCGCACUUAAUAUAUACAAUGUGCUGGUUAAAGAUAGCGGAAGAGCUGUCAUUUCUGGCUUUGGCCACGCUAAGACUUCCAAGCUAGCUUUACAGGGACCCGAAAUCUUGGAUGAUGCUGUUCUCACGUUCGGAAGCGAUAUCUGGUCGUGGGCCAUGACGUCACUUGAGAUUCUUACAGAUGAGCCACCAUUUGGACAAAAGACGAGAGGAACAAAGAUUAUCCAAAUGAUUGGGACGAACAAACGUCCGGAGCGAGCAAGCCACACGAAGAUAGAGGAGUAUGAAAAUAGCGACGAAAUCUGGCAGCUAUUUGAAGACUGUUGGAAGAGGCAGCCAGAAGAACGGCCGAGUGCACACGAGGUCGUGCAGCGCUUCAGGCCACUUGUACGGGAGUUCGGCAAGAAAAGCGAUACGACCGUACAGAAACCACCACCUCCAUCGCAUCCAAGGACCGAGUAUGGCCGGAGUGAUCCAUCCGUGAAACAGGGUGUACCACCGCCUGGGCAGCACCAACUAGGAAAGCCCGAUCAGCCAACGGUCCAGGGGCAAUCCCCUGCAUCAGGUACUGGGGGAGUCAGCGGGGGAGCCCAAGACGGCAGAGCAACUAAACCAGUCGCACCAGGCUCGACGCCCCCUCCGCCCAGCCCAUGA